UAAGGUCCUUAAAACCGAUCCGCGCUCUCAAGCAUCUGUCAGAUGUGCUAACGAACAAACCGCUGCACUGGACAAACGUCACCAAUCGGGAUAACUACAACUUUUUAUUGCAAACCUCAGGAAACGAGACACUCAGAAGUUGCAACUGCAAGCAUGCCAGUGGCAAGGAUGAGGAUGAGACCGUGGCUGGAGAUGAUGAUCGACUCCAACACCAUCUCCGGUCUGACGUGGGUAAAUAAGGACGAGAAGAUGUUCUGCAUUCCCUGGAAGCAUGCUGCGCGGCACGGCUGGGAGGUGGAAAAAGACGCCUGCCUCUUCAAAAAGUGGGCCAUCCACACAGGAAAAUUCCAAGAGGGGAAGACCAGUGCUGACCCGAAGACGUGGAAAGCCAACUUUCGCUGUGCAAUGAACUCACUGCCUGACAUUGAGGAGGUGAAAAACAAGAGCAUCAACAAAGGUCAAGAGGCGGUGCGUGUCUACAGGAUGCUGCCUGUCACCUCAAAGCAUAAAGAUAAAAGAAGCAAAGCAGAGGCCAAGCAAAGGAGAAAGAGCUCAAGUGUCAAGUCAGAGGACAUGUACGACACUGAUUCCCAGUCUCCCGCAAGUGCUCACUCAUCUCUCAACAGUGAGAUAUCGUCUACACAGGAAAACACAGUCGACAGUACAGAGAACCAAGACACUACACAGAUGAGCCUGACUGAUGUGCCAGAGUGGUCCCGCACGGUGGAGAUUGGGCCCGACAGCACAGACAACCUUUACUCAAGAUUUGAAGUUUCCCCGGAGCACUUCACAGAGUACAACACAGAUGAUAUUUUGAAGCUUUUACCAGAUACAAAUUGGAUGGGAUCAUGUGAAGAAUCUUAUUCCAGUCCAGAGAGCAAAUGGGGCGACACCUCCUCAGAUGUUUCAGAAUAUCGGAUAUACACAAACCUGGACCCUGAGAUUCCCCUAGAGGAGUACAGCGCCUACAACACCUUUUUAUCACAGAUCUGGCCAGGACAAGACUCAGUUUGUAUAUAGACUCUAAACAGACCUCAAAAGCUCUCCCUGUUCACCAUCUUUCCUUUCUCUGAGCCUCAAUUCCUGGUUCUCAUGGUGACGAACGCCCCAACCCCGGGCCACACCUCCCAUCGCUGUGGCCCCAGAGUUCAUCACACAAUGACACGUUGGUGGUCCCUGUCAGGCUGUCUGAGGUCAGAGCUGCACUGUGGAUGUCUGGACGCCCCCCCCCCCCCCCAUCUUGUCCCUCCCUGUCUCAAGAUGUGAAGAGAAGUUUCCAAGAGCAAAGCAUUUGACCGGACUUUUUCCCAUGGACAUGACCUCUGUUUUCACUUGGCUAGGGCAUUUUAGUGCUGUUUAUUUUGGUUUUUGAAAAUACAUCAGAACAACAAAAAAAACCCAUCUCUGCAUUAUCGUUAAGUCAAGGCAUGUUCAUUGUUGUGCUUCUCAAGCUAUUUUUUUCCAGUGGUUUUAAUACCAUUACAAGAAUACACAUUUUCUUCUGUUAUUAUUCUCAUUUGGACUUGAGCAUAUAUCAAGUGUUGUCAGUGUUUCAGCCAGUAAAUAAUGUCUACUGUCAACUAAUUAUGAUGAAACACAAUUUUUCCGUUACAUGCACAUCUCGGUCAUGCAUCCAUAUAUGAUGAUACAGAACAGCAAAUGAUCUAGAAUAACAUCUCCAUACCCAGCAAUCUUUCAACCCUUUGUCCAAGUUUCUGUAAAAAGUUGUAUUAUACAUAACUGUUGGGUUUUUCUAAGAAAAGAAGAAAAAAAAAUAAAUUUUGCAAAUAAAAAAAGUUUGUUUUUAUGUUUUGACUUAUUAAAAAUGUAUUACAAAACUGUUAGUUCUAUUGUAGCAUUCUUAAAGAUGACAGUUCACAAGUAAAGAAGCAAGCAACGACCAGCCUAAAACACCUUUAUAAUGCAGGUCCAGAGACAGCUGCAUUAUUCUGGACUUUGUCCUCAAACUUGCACUUUAAAGUAGUUUAAAAAGGCUUUAAAUGUUUCUUUUAAUCCUGCAAAGGGACAUCUUCUGCGACAAGUUUGAGUCCCCAUAAGACAGCAGUUUUAAGAAUCCAA